UGCAUUCAGAUAUUGCCUUGUCGCCGUCAACUGUAGACGCGCUGUUACACAUGCUGCGAUACUUUCAACGUUGCUCUAAACAUAUAACCGGCAAUAAUGUGAUCUUCUACCUUCUCACGUGUGUUAAUAUUCUACAGGACAUGGCUAGAAUGGAUAUGAAGUCGGAACGGACUAGACUUGGGACGUAUGCAAGAUGGGCGUAUGGGUCAAUACAGCGACCAGGUGACCUCGCAGCUACCGGACUGUUUUACACAGGCUAUAUGGACAAGGUACAGUGUGCAUUCUGUCACGGUGUGUUGAAGAAAUGGCAGAAGUCGGACAUUCCAUUUGAUGAGCAUGCAAGACACUUUCCUCACUGCAGGUUCAUCCGGGGACUUCAUGUUGGGAACAUUCCUCUGAGUGCACAUGUACUAGCACCGUUAACCAACACAACCCAUCCUCAUCGCCAGUAUACUGUACCAGCAUCUAUUUCAUCAGUAAGUGUUAACAGGAUAGCAGGUGCGUGUUCAUACGACGAACCAGUCGGUAAUGUAGACUUAACAGUUGAAGAUAAUCGUCUUAUAACAUAUAUUCAGUGGCCACUUCACCUACCUCAGACUCCUGCAACGUUAGCAGCGGCCGGGUUCUAUCAUAAACCUUGCGUUGAAAAACCUGACCGCGUUCAGUGUGCAUAUUGUAAAGUAAAAUUGUAUAACUGGUUAGAAGAGGAUGACCCGUGGAUAACCCAUGCGAAGACCUCUCCGUCCUGCCCUUAUAUCAGCCUGUGUAUGGGAGCUGAUGUUGUGCGUGAUUUGCUGAAUCAAGGAACUAUUCAAGAAACAAACAGCUGUAACAAAGCUGAGGACGACAUCCAAUCCAGGAAGCCCCAAUCUACGGCCCCUCUAAGUCCUCCAUCCACACCAGCGAGAAGGACGAUUCAGGAUAAUAUCACUCACCACAUGAACGCUGAGUCGGUUCAGGCGGUCCUGGAAAUGGGGUUUAGCAAGGAUCUCGUGGAGAAAACUGUUGAAAACUGCCUAAAGGAAGACGAUGAGACAAUGCCCUCAGCCUCGGAGCUGGCUUCAAUGGUUAUUGCCCUGGAGGAAGAACAGGCAUCUCCAGGUCUUGCUCCUGCUUUACCUCCAACACCGUUACAGAGACUGGUAGCCUCCAGAACAGAUGUACCUCAGGCGAUACCUCAGCAAGGAAUAACGGUAAAUGGUAGCAGGAAUCCUGUUUUUAAUGCCAUGAUACCUCCUUUCCACACACCUAAUUCACACAAUAACGUUAUAACCAUCAAUGGUAACUUCAUCAAUGGAACAACUCAGCACAGUCGGGUUUGGCAGCAAUAUAGAGACCCUCAAAGAUUACGCGAGGAAAACGCCCGUCUAAGCGAUAGAUACCUUUGUAAGAUAUGCAUGGAAAAUCAGGUCAGGGUGACCUUUUUGCCUUGCGGCCAUCUUGCCUGCUGUGAUCCCUGUUCUACCUCCCUGUCCCUCUGUCCUAUCUGUAGAAUGACGAUCGAAGGUCAUGUCGAUACGUAUUACUGAAGGAUGACAAGGCAGAAUCCUCCGUCCAAUGGACGUCUGGUUCAGAGAAAGAGGGGCGCUCAGCAUCAACACAAACGCCAAGGACAACAUGUCACAUCCUGACGAGAUCCGGGCGUUCCGAUACUCAGGGCUGUCCGGGUCGUGGGAUAAAGACGUGGUAUGAUGUGAAGAAAGGUGGCAGAACAUCAGGGUUGUGGCAAGAUGAUUUCAAGAUGCAAGAGGCAUCGCCAUUGCCAUAGAGUGGAAGAAGAUCCUGAAGAAGAAGAUCCUGAAGAAGAAGAUCCUGAACACUCCCACUGCGACGUAUGGAUAGUACCAGUUUAAGUAGAAACAGUUACCUAGAUGAGGAAGACGAGGAGGAAGAUCAGAAGGCUUGGAGGAAGAAAGUUUUAGGUGAGGACAAUGUUAUCGUACAAGGAGUACAAGGCAGGCUAUAAGACAUUAUACAGGCCGAAAAACUUGUACGAUGCAUGAUGAAUGUAGUUACACACUCAGAACAGACACACACAAACGUACAGGCAGACACGCACGCACGCACGCACGCAGACGUACGUACAGACACAUCCACACACAGAGAGACGCGCGUACAGACACACACACACACACACACACACACACACACACACACACAUACUCUGUGUAGAUGGUCGCCAGUAACAGAAGAGAUGUACAAGGAGAUAGAGAGACUGUUGUGAGCGAAGGAUUAUAAGUGGCAGCAUGUGACUGAAACGCUCUCAAAAUAUCAAGUCCUGUUGUAGCAGCAUCAGUUAUUAGAGUUACCUCCCUUGGCAACUGACACACCAAAUACGAUUUGAUCAUCCAAGAAGUUACGGAAUAGGGCGGUUUCUAGACACGUGCCCUUCUCAUUACAGUGACUAUGAUAUCUUUUGGACUCACGUUAGUACGUCAACAUAUAUUAUAUGUUACUUAUUUUACUCUGUACCAUUUGUGUGUGAAUGUAAAACUAAAACUUAUAUUUCAA